CAAUGUUGUCAUUUUACCAUCAUUUUAGUUGUGUCUUUCGAUGGGACAAGACGUUAAAAAUUCAUCCCAUAGUGCCACAAUUUACAAUUGAUUUACAAUUCUGUUAUUUGGGAGACGUUUUGCACAAAGUGUGUGUUGCCUUUUAAUCAAUAUUGGCAAUAUUGAUUGUACCCUCUCCCAAGAGAAAGUGAAUACCGUGCGCGAGAAGAGUUUUGAAAGAAGAGACCAGAAGAGGAGAAAAAGAGUUGUGGAGACAAAGAAACCGGAAAGAAUGAUAAAAAAGUGUUUUAUAAUACACUUUUAGACUUGUCGGUAGUAGUUUUUUUGAAAGAUAUUUAUCUGAUAGUAAAAUUAAAUUGUGAUUAGAGACACUGGUCCAGAGCUACAGAACUUCAAAAUGAAGAUUCUCGUGAAUAUGCCAAAUGGUACUACAACACUCUGUGUUGACAUCGACCAAAAGGCGAUAGCUCAAGAGUGUCUGGAAAAGGUGUGGCGAGAUUUGGGGAUUGUCUGUGAGACAGAAUACUUUGGACUUCUCGUGCACAAUCGCCGAUCAUCUUUGGCUCUGGCCACGGAUGGAAGUGGUCAAGUGCCGGGAAGUCCGGUAGAUGGAGAAUCUCGCAAUAGGCACUGGAUUAACCUGAGGAAUCCUCUUGGGAGGCACAGUAUCGAGGGGAAUUACCACAAUUUGGCCCUGAGGGUGAAAUUCUGGGUGCCAGUGCAUAUAAUACUGCAGGAAAGUGUGAGGAAUCUGUUUUACAUGCAAGCCCGACAGGAUUUGCUGGAAAAUCGUCUGUUGGCGUCCGAUUGGGCAAAUGCUGCUCUUCUGGCGGCUCUUCUUGCCCAAGCGGAUGGUGUUAAGUAUUCAGAUGUGUCUCAGGGAUCUAGGGUACCACCUUCUUCGGCCAAUCGCAGUGCAGAUGGUGAAAAGAAGGAACACCGACGGGGAUCUAAGAGAAAGUGCUCAGAGACCGCAGAAACGGUGUCUCAGCCCAAAAAAUGUGAUUCUCAGCAAUCCUACGAGAUCUAUCAGUGUAUUCGACCACAGUUCCUGGACACUCCCGUUCCUCGUGAUUUCACCAAGAUGAUCGCCCAGGAACAUGCCAAACUCACCAAAUUCCCAGCCAAAUCUGCCAAAUACUGGCUUUUGGCGGAAAUCUCGAAGCUCGAGGGAUUCGGUGAGGAGAUCUUUCAUGUGCCAAAGAGUGAGUUUGGUACACAGACUCAGAUGGAUAUCGCUGUGGGUCCACAUGGCCUUGUGAUCUAUGCUGGGGGGAGCGAGAAGAAAGAAAUCCCCUACAGUGCUGUGGAGUCGGUUAAGUCCAAGGGACGGAGCUUUAGGUUGAGGUAUCUCUCACACGAUCACACCAGCACGGAGCUGGAUCUCAAGAUGCCCUGCCACAGAACUGCCCAUGGGCUCUAUCGUGCCAUCACGGAGAAGCAUGCAUUUUACUCAUGUGAAACGGUCGGCAGCGCCGUCCAAACACAAUUUAUACGAGAUCUUAAGGGAACGAUUGUGUCAAUGUUCAAUGAGGACACAGAAUUGGGCAAGAGAUACGUGUUUGACAUUCAAAGGACGUGCCGGGAGGUUUAUGAUAAUGCUCGGCGAGUGCUUCAUGCCCAGGGAAUAGAUAUUAAGUGUCCGGAUGAGGACAGUGAAAGUCAACAGGAUGACUUGGAGAGUCGAUUGAAGGCGGUGGCAACAGAUGUCAAUGCUGUGCUGGCUGAGCAGGAAGCUCGAAGGGGUCAGAUGGAAAAGAUGGUGUCCGAUCGCAUUUCAGAGGCUUUUACCUGUCGUGUGUGCAUGGACAAGUCCAUUGACACGAUGUUUGCACCUUGUGGGCAUGUUGCCUGUUGCAGGGCAUGUGCAGAAAUGUGCGACGGAUGCCCUCUUUGUCGUUCCACCAUCGACAGGAUCAAUAGAAUUUUUCUACCGACAGAACUCAGGCCAAAUGAAUAAUUGACGCGUUGUGAGAAAACCAAUAAUUACGCCAUACUUACGUAUAAUUUAAAAAAAAAUCCAAUGACGAAGAUGAAUUAGCAAGAAAAAAAAGCAAAAUUCAUCGAUUUAUUUGCUGUAUUUGGACAAAGUGGAAGAGGAAGAAAUUGAUUGAAGGAGAAAAUGUGAUGAUUAGGUAGACAUGAAAGAUAUUUAUUUGUAGACAACGUGAUUCUUUUAGUGCUUCACUUUUUUUUUUGAAAUUCUUGCUAACACUUCACUGAAUUUGCUGACUUUUAUUUUUAAAAAAGAAAAUGAAGUUUUUCUUAAAAUCAAUGCAAUUUUUAUAAUAAUACCUUUUACAGUAUUGCAAUGUCAAUGCAUUAUGAGUUUUUUGUUGACCGAGAAGAGAAAAAAAUGUGAAAUAAAUUUAUUUACAUAAAA